CUUUAUGUGAGCCCGCUCAUCGAUCGGCUUCACCCAACUACUUUCUUUUCACACAACAAUUGUCCUUUUGUUUUCUGUGUGAAAUGACAUUCUUCUUUCCUUUUUUUCUGCUAUAUGGAUGUGUGUGAUGCGAGAGCCCAAUCACAGACAAGCAUUUCAGCCAUGAUCGCUCUUUUGUUGUUUCUUAAUCUGCACGUUGAUAUCAUAUUAAUGAUAUAUCAAGUUUUACCAACAUCAGUCAAUGAUAGCUCAUUUGGUAUCACAUUCUUGAAAUUUUAUCCGCACAUGUAUCUUGCAUCUCGUCGGACGGCAGGUAAUAAUAUUAAACCCAGAAAGUCCGAAACGGAACCGCUCUUGAGCAUGUCUGUGUGUCGUACACACAACCCACCACCGCCGGAAAGGGGGAAGGAAGGGGUUGUGAGGUGGGAUGUGAGGUUUGAGUUUAGGGCUGAACGGAGAAAGCGGAAUUUGAUCAGCAAAAAAUCCGAGAGAUACUUCUCUUAUUCUAUGUAUACUGCCACCCGCCUGCUGCUAUUGCAUUAUUGUUAUCAUCCUGGAAACAAGGGGUGAAUUGUACGGGGGAGCCAACACUUUCUGUUCUAUUCUUCUUCUUCUUUGUGAUCGCAUGUUCGUCGUAUAUGAUAAUACUGUACGAUUGUCGUGUUGGCGUAAAUUCGCUCUACAUAUUAAGCUUUUUUAUUCAUCCUUUGGACUUACUGUGUGCGUUCCGCACAACAACAGCCUUCAACCUUCCUUUUUCCCUUCCGUUCCCUACUACUACCCUUGAAAAAGAUGCAUUAUACCCGUAGAAACUACCCGCCUGGACAUAUUAUACUGGUAAUACUACUUAAGAAACCGUUUUUUGAUCACAUAACAGUACAUACAAUAAAUC